AGAGAAGGAAGAUUGGUCAAGCAAGCAUUUUCAGUCAAGUCAAUGGAGAUAUGGACGAAUGUACAACGGAGGCAGAUAGAUAUCUUUUGUAGGGAAAUUGGACCUGAUCUCAACUCAAACCAUCAAUCUCCGGAACUCCAAUGGAGCCCCCCGAGAAAAAUGUCUGAUUACUGUUUAUAUCUCAUGUCAGAUAUUGUCAGCGAGGCCGUGCUCGACGAAUCCUUCGAAACUCUUACGACUGAAAAGAACAGAUUCAUUCUCCAACUGGUCCAUCGAUCAUAUGAAUGGAUAGGUAUUGUCUUCCAAGCACCUCAGAUUGCACGUUACGGUCUGGAUAUCUAUCUCCUCCCAGAACUAGCUCGCGAACGCCAGCGGCUGCGAGAUAUCUUCCGUGGGCUUCUACAGAAGAGGAUUGUGAGAGAGAAAGCAGAGCCCGACAUCUUCUCCAUCUACAUGGAUUACAAAGACCCAGAUACCGGCGAGGCAUUUCCGCUAUAUGAGCUCGGCGCGGAGGCUCUGCUGCUAUUCGGGGCAGGCCCUGAUGCAACUUCGACCUCACUCACAGCCGCCUUCUUCUACCUCGCGAGGAGCCCAGAGGCUUACCGCAAGGUAUGCGAUGAAGUGCGCACCGCGUUCAGCAGCGUUCAUGAAAUCCUGCCUGGUCUGACGCUGAGUGGCUGCCAUUAUCUCCGCGCGUGUCUCGACGAGGCGAUGCGGAUGAACCCCGUGAACGGCGGUGCCCUGUGGCGGGAGGUUCUUCCUGGGGGCGCCAUCAUCGACGGGCGCAGCGUGCCAGCGGGUGUCGAUGUCGGCGUCGGCAUCUACAGUAUCCAUCACCAGCCUGACUACUAUCCCGAUCCUUACGCCUUUCGUCCAGAGCGCUGGCUCACCUCUGAGAACUCCCAGCAUGAUGUUGAGGUCGCCCAAUCAGCUUGGGCUCCUUUCUCCAUGGGUGCCAGAGGCUCCGCUGGCAAGCCGGCCGCGAUCCUGCAGUUGACUAUGAGUCUUGCCAGAGCCCUGUUUCUCUUUGAUAUGCGAACACCUGCAGAUGCGCAUCUGGCCUCUGUCGGCCAAGGAAAGAAGGGAGAGGUCUUCCCGCGAAACUUGGAGACGGAGUUUCAAGCGAAAGGAACUUUCUCGAGUAUCUUGCAUGGCCCGAUGCUUGAGUUCAAGUUGAGGGAACAUUGA